GACAGAGAGAGAGAGAGAGAGAGGCUGAGGGAAGUGAGGACUCUUUGGAGCGACCUCUCGGAUGCAGAAAGGAAACCAAUAAUACAGGGAGAAGACAUCCUCUCGAGGCGAUGAUCUUGCUGAAUUCUUGACUUCACUUACAGAUAACAAAGAAAUAAAGAGGAGUCCAGUCUCUGUAUUGAAAUUAAACACCCGUAUCAUUGUUGACAUGGAGGAGGAUGCAUCUAAAUACCUGGAGUGUGGAAAUAGCUUCACUGAGAGGCAAAAUCUUCAUUCACAUCAAGGGACUCCCACUGGGGAGAAACCCUAUACAUGCCUGGAGUGUGGACAAAGCUUCACUCAGAGAGGAAAUCUACAUAAACAUCAAAGGACUCACACUGGAGAGAAACCCUAUAAAUGCCUGGAGUGUGGACAAAGCUUCAUUUAUAGUUCAGGUCUACGUUCACAUCAAAAGACUCACACUGGGGAGAAACCCUAUACGUGCCUUGAGUGUGGGAAGAGGUUCACACAUAGUUCAAAUCUAUUUGAACACCAAAGAAUUCACACUGGGGAGAAACCCUAUACAUGCCUCGAGUGUGGAAAGAGUUUCACUCAGAUUUCAAAUCUACAUUCACAUCAAAAGACUCACACUGGGGAGAAACCCUAUACAUGCCUGGAGUGUGGACAGAGCUUCAGCCGUAGUACAAAUCUACGUUCACAUCAGUGGACUCACAAUGGGGAAAAACCCUAUACAUGCCUGGAGUGUGGACAGAGGUUCAAUCAGAUUAGAUACCUACGUUCACAUCAAAAGUCUCACACUGGGGAGAAACCCUUUAAAUGCCUGGACUGUGGACAGAGCUUCAGUCGUUGUACAAAUCUACGUUCACAUCAAAGGACUCACAUUGGGGAGAAAUGUUAUGAAUGCCUGGAGUGUGGGAAGAGGUUCACUCAUACUUCAGGUUUAUCUCGACAUCAAAGAACACACACUGGGGAGAAACCCUUUACAUGCCUGGAAUGUGGACAGAGCUUCGCUCAAAGUUCAGGUCUAUGUUCACAUAAAAGGAUUCACACUGGGGAGAAAUCUUAUAUAUGCCUAGAGUGUGGACAAAGCUUCGCUCAAAGUUCAGGUCUACGUUCACAUCUAAGGACUCACACUGGGGAGAAACCCUAUACAUGCCUGGAGUGUGGUCAGAGCUUCACUCAGAGUGCACAUCUACACAGCCAUCAAAGGAUUCACACUGGAGAGAAACCCUAUAAAUGCCAGGAAUGUGGACAGAGCUUCGCUCAUGAUUCAGGUCUCUAUUCACAUAAAAGGACUCACACUGGGGAGAAACCCUAUAAAUGCCUGGAUUGUGGACAGAGCUUUGCUUAUAGUACAAAUCUACGUUCACAUCAAAGGACUCACACUGGGGAGAAACCCUAUACAUGCCUGGAGUGUGGGAAGAGAUUUGCUUAUAGUUCAUAUUUAUGUCGACAUCAAAGAACACACACUGGGGAGAAACCCUUUACAUGCGUGGAGUGUGGUCAGAGCUUCACUCAUAGUUCAGGUCUACGUUCACAUCUAAGGACUCACACUGGGGAGAAACCCUAUAAAUGCCUGCAGUGUGGUCAGAGCUUCACUCAGAGUGGAGGUUUACAAUCACAUCAAAGAACUCACACUGGGGAGAGACCCUAUAGAUGCCUGGAGUGUGGAAAGAGUUUCACUCAGAGAGGAAGUCUACAUAAACAUCAAAGGACUCACACUGGGGAGAAACCCUAUAAAUGCCUAGAGUGUGGUCAGAGCUUCACUGAUAGUUCAGAUCUACGUUCACAUCUAAGAACUCACAUGGAGGAGAAACCCUAUACAUGCCUGGAGUGUGGACAGCUUUUCAUUGAUAGUUCAGGUCUAUGUUCACAUUACAGGAUUCACACUGAGGAGAAACCUUAUGAAUGCUUGGAUUUUGGAAAGGGAUUCACUGAUUGAGAAUGAACUUGUAAAAAGGCGAAUAGAUAAUAUCUAUUUAACACCUAUAUGUGCCCACUUGCCCAGCUGGUCCGAGGCUUUGGGCUUGAGUGUUACCAGUACGCUGAUGACACUCCGCUUAUGUUGAAGAUGGAAGGCCGACCAGACUAUGUACCCGAUAAUUUUCAUCAAUGCAUUGGAGGCCGUUACUGGAUGGCUGCGUGCUUUCAGGUUGAGGGUGAAUCUGGCAAAAAUGGAGAUUCUGUGGCUGGGUCGACCGGGCAGUGGGGAUAUCCAGCUGCCUACCCUGGAUGGCGAGGCGCUACGCCCGUCAUCAUUGGUAAAGAGUCUGGGAGUCCUUUGGGACCCUCUGCUGACGAUGGAGGCUCAGGUCUCCGCCGUUAGCAGAACCGCUUUCUUUCAUCUGUGACAGGCUAGACGGCUGGCCCCCUCCCUGUCCAGGGACGACCUCGCUACGGUGAUCCAGGCCACGGUCAUCUCAAGAGUGGACUACUGUAAUGCCCUCUACAUUGUCCUUCUACUGGUGAUCCAGAAGCUCAAGUUGGUACAAAAUGCAGCUGCUUGGCUUCUUGCGGGAAUUCUGAUGAGAUUCCACAUAACACCAAUCUUACUACAGCUGCAUUGGCUACCAAUUGAGCACCGAAUCACUUUCAAAGGGAUGGUACUCACCUUGAAGGCCUUAUAUGGUCUGGGGCCAAUGUACCUGAGGGACCGCCUCACCCCCUACCAACCCCAGAGAUCCCUCCAUUCUGAGGACCAAAAUUUAUUGGAAGUUCCCAGUUUUAAAACCUUGCAUCUAACAGCAACCAGACGCAGAGCCUUCACAGUAGUGGCACCAUCGCUAUGGAACACUGCCACCAGAAGUAUGUGCUUUGCGGGAUUUAUCGGCCUUCCACAGGGCUUGUAAGACAUAUUUUUUUCGACAGGCUUUUGAUCUUUGGUAUGUUGUUUAAUUUGUGUUAGAUUCUAGUUUGUUCUUGUAAGGUGCUCCGAGCCUGAGGGGAGCGGCGGCAUCUAAGUUUGAAAUAUAAAUAAAUAAAUA